AUGGCAGACAGUGCUGUCAUGACAAAUAACAUCAGUCCAACCCUCAUGGGAGUCCCCGGCGAGAUCUUCGAAGCAAUAAUCGUCCAAUGUAUAGCCGUCCAGAAAGCAGAUGGUCCCUAUGCCAACACACCAGACGAUACCACCGUCCCACAAAAGUUUGACUUCACCAUCGACGCCAAUGGUCUCCGCUGCAAUUCAAUGGAGUCUUUCGAGCUCCUGUUCACCAAUAAGAAGCUUCUCAAUGAAGCUCUUCCCGUGGUAUUUCGCAACUGCUCGGUUUUGAUCCACGCUGAAGUAGGCCAUGAUGCUCAGCGCCCUGGAUACAUUCCUUUCGUGCUCGCCAAUAUCCCAGACAUGGUUAAGGUCAAUGCCCGAGAAGUCGGCGUGAAGUUCUCUAAUGUCGCUAAUCCUCUUCGUUGCUCCAUGUGGCCAUCCAAAGACAUCCCACGUGAGAUCGCCGCCAGAAAGCCACUCGUCAACAUCGUCAAUACAGUCAUGAUUGAGUUUGUUCAACGUAAGACUCUUCACAUCAUUGCCGGUAUCAAGGGUGCCCAAGUCGAUGACCUGAAGGUUCUUUUCAAGCUGCUGGGUGUGCCAGAUCAGAAUGUUAGCCUAGAGGAGAUCUACCAGACUGAUGGAUUCGUCUACUUCCCCACUCGAUACCGUGUCGACAACAGUAGCACCAAGACCAAGCAGGAGCAUUAUGAGGCCCUUGCGAGGAAAGUCGCUGCUGAGAUCGGUCAGGAUUGGUUCCAGAAGGCAAAGUCUCCAACCCUUGUCGAGGACAUCUAUGCCGACUCGGACGAAGACAUGCCAAUCUGGGCCACAAUCGGCAACUCAGAUCCCGACAAGAGAUGGCGUGGAGAGUCUGUUGGCUGGGCUAGACGUCGUGUCUGGAAGCGUGGUCCUGUUCGCACUCCACCAACUCCAGAGAUGGCUAAGUGGCUCAAGGAGAGAGUUUAA